AUGGAUGCCCAACCGCCAACAGGCCCUCAGUCUCACCAGAAGCUCCACCUAGGAUCUGAGACCCUUGGUUCCGGUCCGCGGUCUACAUCCGAUUCCCGCUGCCACAGUGGCUGGUCUAUCAGACGUCUUCUGAGCCGGUGUGGGAGCCGAAAUUACAGUGUGCUGGAGCGGGAGCCGAAUCGAUUGCGGAAGCGCAUGAGCAGCUGA